UAGUAGUCCUCCAUGACAUAGUGGAGACUCCCAGCGUGUACUGUAGAUGACUUUUUCCCCUCCCAGCGGCGUCCUCUGCUAAAUUGCGCUCCUGGAUUUUAAGUGCGUGUCGGCCCGAGUCCCGUCCUCGCCAAGCCAGUCCGGACCGGACCCCACCAAGCACCGGCGGACCUGCUCGCUGCGCGCCUUCCACAACAGCCGGGUUCAUUCCUUCUUUUAUCAAGUACAGAUGCUGGGAUCUUUGAGUUGAUUGGAACAAAUAGAAAGCCGGGUAAGAGAGAGACGAGGACGAGAAGAAGAGCGAAGGGGAAAGGAGAAGAGAGAGAGAGAGAGAGAAGCAAAGUUCUUUGGAAAGAAGAGAGAGAAAGAACGCGACGGGGACGAUGGGGAGGAAAAAGAUUCAGAUCACGCGGAUUAUGGAUGAACGCAACAGACAGGUGACAUUUACAAAGCGAAAGUUUGGCCUAAUGAAGAAAGCCUAUGAGCUGAGCGUGCUGUGCGACUGCGAGAUCGCCCUCAUCAUCUUCAACAGCACCAACAAGUUGUUCCAGUACGCCAGCACAGACAUGGACAAGGUCCUGCUUAAAUACACCGAGUACAACGAGCCCCACGAGAGUCGGACCAACUCGGACAUUGUGGAGACGUUGAGAAAGAAGGGCCUAAAUGGCUGCGACAGCCCCGACCCCGACGCGGACGACUCGGUCGGCCACAGCCCCGAGUCCGAGGACAAAUACAGGAAAAUAAACGAGGACAUAGAUCUGAUGAUCAGCAGACAGAGACUGUGUGCUUUGAACAAGAAGGAGAACAAAGGUGGCGAGAGCCCGGAGCUCGAGUCCUCUCUGAUCCUCACCCCUCGCACUGAGGAGAAAUACAAACAGAUUAACGAGGAGUUCGAUCACAUGAUUAAAAGCCAUAAGAUACCUCAGGCCAUGCCCCCGUCAAACUACGACAUGCCCGUGUCCAUUCCCGUUAGCAACCAGAACAAUCUCAUUUACAGCCAUCCAGGAGGCUCCCUGGGAAACCACAACCUGUUGCCACUGACACACCAUGGUCUACAGAGAAACAGCAUGUCCCCCGGGGUUACACACAGACCCCCCAGUGCAGGUGGUCUCAUGGGUGCGGACCUCUCCACCGGCGUAGGCACCAGUGCUGGAAACGGCUACGGCAACCACCGCAACUCCCCCGGUCUGCUGGUGUCUCCGGCUGGCAUGAACAAGAACAUGCAGGCAAAGUCGCCUCCGCCCAUGAACUUAGGCAUGAACAACCGCAAGCCCGACCUCCGAGUGCUCAUCCCACACGGCGCUAAGAACAACAUGCCCUCCAUUAACCAGAGAAUAAACAACUCCCAGUCUGCUCAGUCAUUGGCCACCCCGGUUGUGUCGGUAGCAACUCCUACUCUGCCAGGACAAGGCAUGGGCGGUUAUCCAUCCGCCAUCUCCACUUCGUAUGGUACUGAGUAUUCCUUGAACAGUGCAGACUUGUCAUCGCUGUCCGGCUUCAACAGCGGCAGCUCCCUCCAUCUUGGCUCAAUGAGCGGCUGGCAACAGCAGCACAUUCAGAACAUGCAGCACUCGGCCCUCGGACAGCUUGGAAAUUGCUCAAGCUCUCACUUGUGUCAGGGCUCAAAUCUCUCCCUGCCCUCUGCUCAAAGCCUGCACAUCAAGUCCGAACCUGUUUCUCCUCCUAGAGAUCGCACCAGCAGCACACCGGGGGGCUACGGCGGCGGCGGCGGCGGCGCGCCGCCCCAGAACCCCUCGUCCCGCCAGGACUCGGGGCGCUCCCCGGUGGAUAGCCUGAGCAGUUGUAGCAGCUCCCACGAAGGCAGCGACCGCGACGAGCACAGGAACGAGUUCCACUCUCCCCUGGGACUGGCGAGGCCCGCGCUGGAUGAGCGCGAGAGUCCCUCCAUCAAGCGCGUGCGCCUGUCCGAGGGAUGGGCCACAUGAUAACCCCCACUUAACCCGCCGAGCCCCCCCCCCC